AUGCACCGUUUCAUCACUCCUUCCAAAUCACUCAUCAUGCUAUUUCUGUUAUUGCUUUUCAACUUGACAGCCCUCGUCUGCGCCCAAGGCACCCAGUUCAUCACCGGCCCAUGCACCAGUGACGCCGAUUGUGCUUCCAGCUGCUGUGGCUUUAACUCGGGUAAAUGCGCCGGCCCGGUCGUGGCCCAGGAACGUGAUGGGGGAUGUGGAUUCGGCAACGCCCAGCCCAACGACGACGCCGCUCGCGCCUUGACCGGCGGCCAGCCGGCAGCCACCUCGCCGGCCACCAACACCGCCUCAGCUGGAGCGAACGCUGCUUCUGCCCCGGCCGGAAACGCAAAUACGGCCGGGACAACACCCACGCGAAGUGCAUCCACCACCGUCAACAGCAACCUCGCCGGAUCCGCCAACGUCGGCAAUGGCGCUGGCAAGCAGUUCAUCACGGGCCAGUGCUUGAGCGACGCUGACUGCGCUUCGGGGUGCUGUGGCUUCAACACGGGUCUCUGCGCCGGCGCCGUGAUCGCUCAGACCCGUGACGGCGGCUGCGGGUUCGGCAAUGCCCAACCUAAUGACAACGCUGCGAAGACCCUGACUGGAGGAGGAGGAGGAGCGACGACAUCAGCGGGAACAGGGACAGUGACAGGAUCAGGAUCAGGGAGUGGCAGUGGCAAUGGUAGUGGCAGUGCCGCCCCAUCUCCCUCCACCACCAAGUCCUCCUCCGGUGCUGUCGACAGCAGCCUCGCCGGUGCGGCCAACGUCGGCAACGGCGCCGGCAAACAGUUCAUCACGGGCCAAUGCUUCAGCGACGCCGACUGUGCCUCGGGCUGCUGCGGCUUCAAUUCCGGCAAGUGCGCCGGCGCCAUCAUCGCCCAGACCCGCGACGGCGGCUGCGGCUUCGGCGACGCCCAGCCCAACGACACGGCCGCCCAGGCCUUGACCGGCGGUGCGAGGAGGAAGAGGGGGAGGAGGAGCCCGACGAACCGGUCGGUCAGUAUUGGCGUUCGAGAGUUUAUGGCUUGA